AUGGUCAAGAGAAAGGUGAAGCCCAGUGGCGUAACAUUCGGGACGCUGAUUCACGGGCUGUGCAAGAAUCUCAAGGUGAAGGAAGCGUUGAAGAUGAAGCAAGACAUGUUAAAAGUGUAUGGAGUUUCUCCCACUGUUCACAUUUAUGUAUCGUUGAUCAAAGCUCUGUGUCAAGUUGGUGAAUUGAGUUUUGCGUUUAAGCUGAAAGAUGAGGCGUACGAAGGAAAGAUCAAAGUAGACUCAGCUAUUUACUCUACGUUGAUUAGCUGUGUUAUAAAAGCUGGAAGGUCAAACGAGGUCUCAGGGAUUUUGAAAGAGAUGGAAGAGAGAGGAUGCAAGCCUGACACGGUGACUUACAAUGUACUGAUUAACGGGUUCUGCGUUGAGGAUGAUUUGGAAUCAGCGUAUCGAGUUUUGGAUGAAAUGGUUGAAAAGGGUUUGAAACCAGAUGUUAUCAGCUACAAUGUGAUACUUGGAGCUUUGUUUAGAAUCCAGAACUGGAAAGAAGGGACUUACUUGUUUGAAGAUAUGCCUCGGAGAGGUUGCGUUCCAGAUAUCUUAUCUUACAGGAUAGUUUUCGAUGGGCUUUGCGAUGGUUUACAGUUCGAAGAAGCAGCGGUUAUCUUGGAGGAAAUGGUUUUCAAAGGCUACAAGCCUCGCAGUGAUAGGCUUGAAGGGUUUCUGCAAAGGCUAUGUGAGAGUGGGAAGAUGGAGAUUCUUGGGAAAGUUGUCAGUAGCUUGAAUAAAGGGAAUGAUGUUGAUGCAGAUGUUAUGAUGCGUACAAGAACCGAGUUUCUAUCAAUUGAUCCAGCAAAACGAGCUCCAUAUCCGUUGUUGGAGUCUAGACAUAAAGUUGAUGGUGCUAUCUAA